AUUGCACUGUAGUGUUGCUUCCAGAAAUUCGUACUCUAGUACCCCGUAUGCUAGGCACAGAAACUUUUUGUAUAGCAGGUUUUAGCCAACGGUCUCCCGAGCCAGAAUGGUUGCAACGUUUAUGGACCUUUGAAGAGGCGCUUCAGUCGCGGAAGAUGCUAUUUGUUGGCCGAGACGUACAUUCUUGGUCGGAUGUACAGCGUACGAAUACGCUUGGACCGUUGUACCACCUAUCUAAUCAACUACAUACUACAUUCUGAUGCAAGUUGGUGGAAUGCUUGUAACACCCUACACCACGCACAUAACCUUAAAACCACCAAAAAUCAUGACCGAGUAUUUGCACUUGGAAUCAUGUUUCCGGAUAUUGUUAAGGGUAUUACCGUCGAUUAUAAGCAGCCUUUGUCCGACUUAUUGGUCCAAUUUCAUGCCCUUCUGGCGAAGAGCGAUCUAAGCGUCUUGUGCUUCGGAGGAGCACAGUCCGAAAAGAAUCCGUCAUGGACUGGUGCUACCGGAACAGAUUUACAGGACCGUUUCUUCGACACGGAAAAUAGCGUUGCCGUUGUUGACAUCGACGGACAAUACAUGUACGUAACUUGUACGAGUGUGAUUAGCAAGAUGCUAGCAGACACAGGGGAAGACCCACGUGCGUGGACGUACGACGAUUUACCACCUAUCCCUGGUCACCCCGCUGAGGAGGAGUUCAUUACAGGCUACCUUGCAAUAUAUGUUCAGCUACCUGGACACAAAAAGAGGAAAGUAGUAAAUCUUUCUGAUUUUGUUUCUUGCAACUUUGAACGUCGAUCCUUUACCAUCAUCAACCCAAAGCUCCAGUUUUUGGCGCGUUUGAUACCGCUUAAGAAGGAAAAUUUGUUCUGGUAG